CGACGGUUGCCCCUCCUCGGGGAACCUGGAACGGGUUCAACUCCUACGGGAAACCCUUCCUCCCCGCGACCUUGCCCUGCUCUCGAACCUCUUUCAAGCCGACACGCCUCCUCCUCCCCUCCGAACCGACCCAAACCCAGCAACCCUACGCAGCGAGCAGCGAGCGGCGGCAAUGGGGAGCGCCGCCGACCUGGUGAUGAAGGCGGCGUGCGACGCCUGCGGCAAGGCGUCCGAGCUCUACAGCACCGCCUGCCGCCACGCCACCCUCUGCAACUCCUGCGCCGCCGACAUGGCGCGCUCGCGCGCGCGCUGCAACGUCUGCGCCGCCCCCAUCACCAACGUCAUACGGGAGUACAAUGUCCGGGUGGAUACCGCCGCGGGGAAGGCCCUUUCCAUAGCCAAAUUCAACACCGGCGUGCCGCCCAUCUCGAAGAUGAAGGGUGGGGGGAACAAGUGGUCUCUUCGCAAGGAUGGCCCGACGCCAGGGCGUCAGCUUACUGCCGAUAUGCGGGAGAAGUACUACAACAGAAAGCCAUGGAUAUUAGAAGAUGAUACAGGUGAAUAUCAGUACCAAAGUCAACUUGAGGCAUCACAAUCUGCAACUGCUACAUACUAUCUGCUGAUUAGGCGCGGCAAGGAGUUCGAUGCUGUUCCUGUUGGUUCCUGGUAUAACUUCAGUAAAAUUGCACAGUACAAACAGCUGACUUUGGAAGAAGCUGAAGAGAAGAUGAAUAAAAGGAGAAGCAAUGCAACUGGGUAUGAACGAUGGAUGAUGAAGACAGCUACACAUGGAGCUGCUGCCUUUGGUUCGGAUCUGAAGGAUCUUGGUGAUGCAAAGGGCAAGGCGGCAGGUGGGGUCCAAUCCAAGAAAGAAAGUAGCAAUGAGGAUGGGAAUCACUCUGAUAAAGGCGAGGAGGACGAAGAAGAGGGAGUUGCAAAGAAAGCUGUGCGUGGGCUUACUACGAGGGGCGUGGAUGAUGAAGAGGAAGGCGGAAAAGAAGACCUUGAUUUGGAGGAUGAGAUUGAGAUAGGUGAUGAUUGGGAGCAUGAAGAGACCUUCACUGAUGAUGAUGAGGCUCUGGAUAUUGAACCAGAGGAAAGACCUGAUUUGGCUGAUACUGAAAACCCUACUGGACCAGAUAUUAAGCAGGAUGAUGACGAGAAUGAACAAGGAGCUGGUGGUGGCCUCAGCAAGUCCGGUAAGGAACUAAAAAAGCUGCUCCGCCGUGCUGAUGGACAAAGUGAGUCCGAUGACGAAGACGAAGGCGACACUGAUGAAGAUGAGUCACCAUUGUCAGUACUUGCUCCAAAACUGGAAGAUCAAUUCGGAAGCAAACCACAGGAAAACAACACUGCUAAACUAACAGCAACAGAACUUUCUGCUAGCACUCCACCUGCAACCAGGUCCAAUCAGAAAAGGAAAUCCGGAGGUGAUGGUGCAAAAACUUUGAAUCGUGCAGCGAUAAAAAAGCCAAAGACAGAACCUGAAGCUAAAACAUUAGGUGUCAAGGAGGAGCCACCCUCUUCCGUGGAACCUAUUUCAAAAGCAUAUGCUUCAGCAGGCAGUGAUACAGAUACAUCUGCAAUUACAGAGGAGGAAAUCAUAAGAGUACUUCGUGCAACUGCCCCUGUCAGAUCGCAAGAUUUUGUACCCAGGUUUAAGGCCAGAAUAAGAACUCCAGAGGACAAGAAACAUUUUCAUGACAUUAUGAUGAAAUAUGCGUACUCGCACAAGACCAACGGUGUCAGCUAUCUUCACCUUCGGAAGGAGACUACUUCUGCAAUUAUAGAGGAGGAAAUCAUAAGAGUACUUCGUGCAAUUGCCCCCGUCAGAUCACAAGAUUUUGUACUCAAAUUUAAGGAUAGAAUAAGAACUGAAGAGGACAAGAAACAUUUUCAUGACAUUGUGAUGAAAUUUACGUACUCGCACAAGACCAACAACGUCAGCUAUCUUCACCUUCGAAAGGAGUAUGAAUGAACAAACAGUUAACGCACCUGUAUAUGCCAUUAUACCCUUCUAGCAUUGCAUGCCAUACUUGCGAUAACUGCUGGAUACGUCCUUGUAACUGCCCGCCCAUUGUUGUCUCUAUUCUUUUAUUUCAGCUUGUAAUGACAAAAGGAUUCAGGCUGGUUGACUUGGUAUUCAAAAUUGAAUUUUGACCAUUGA